AUGUCAAGCUCAACAGCGAUAUACCCAAGUCUACGAGACAAAGUCGUCCUCAUCACUGGAGGGGCCGAAGGCAUUGGCGCUGCAGCGGUGAAACUGUUCUGCCGUCAAGGGAGCAAAGUGGUUGUCUUUGAUAUUCAGAGGUCAUUCUACUUCUGCGACGUUACGGAUCUCCAGCAGCUGAAUGUUGCAGCCCAUCAAGUCCUUGGUGACUAUGGCCGAGUCGACGUGCUCGUGAACAACGCCGCGGCGACUGGGGCGAGAAGCCACCUUCCCUCUGAUGAGGUCACGCCGCUCACAUGGGAUAUGGAUGUCAAUGUGAACCUACGCCAUGUCUUCUUCUUGACCCAGGCGGUGGUACCGAGCAUGCGAAGCCAACGCUCUGGCAGUAUCAUCAACAUGGGAUCGAUCAGCUGGCGGGUUCCCCAAGACGGGAUUCGAGUGAACAGUGUUAUGCCUGGCCACAUUGUUACUGAGCGGCAAACGGUAGAGGUCAUGACGACUGAAUACCGGGAUCUUGUCCAGUCCCGCCAAACACUGAAGAGAGAUCUGAUGCCUGAGGAGGUGGCGAGCGUAAUUCUUUUUCUUGCAAGUGACGACUCGAGUGCGGUGACUGGUAGCUCCUAUGCGGUGGACGGAGGCUGGGUAUCGGAUCCAUGA